AUGGAAAAAAUCAAGUUCACAGCCUUAGAACAUAUAAAUUCUAAUGACUCCUAUAAGGAUGAUUUUUACGAAUCAAACGAUAAAAUGUUUUGCAUCACUUGUAAAGUUGCUGUCAAUCAUGCUAGAAAAUCAGUAAUCGACAAUCAUCUUAAUUUGGCAACACAUAAAAACAAAAAAAGUCUUAUAGAAGAAGCAUCUUCAA